AUGAAUAAAGUGAGAAUGGAAGAGAGCAUCAUGUCAUACCUGUCGCAGAGUGAGACUGGCACCAGCCCCAAAGACCUGAACGUGGUGGCCAUGCUCCAUCACUUCUGGGAGCAGAAGCAGACGAGUCAGUCGAGUGGUUCCCUCGGUGAACCAGGAGGUUCCAGUGGGGACACAGCCGUCCAGACGGAGAGCUUGUUGUUGUAUGAAUCUGCACCGUCCCCCGGUCCACCGUUCAUCUGCUACGUCACCCUUCCUGGAGGAAGCUGCUUUGGGAACUAUAAGGUGUGUGACACUCAGGCAGAAGCUCGGAGGGACGCGGCCCGCGUGGCCCUGAUGAACUCCCUCGUGAACGAGCUGCCGUGUCGACGCAUCAACUCUCAGUUCAUCACUCAGAGUUUGCAGCAGGCGGCCACACACAGUGCCGUCUCAGCUGAAGAUGCUUGUGAUUCCAGCACCAGUAUAGGAACCUACAGUUCGCUCCUCCACUCCUACGUAGGAAGGACAAUGCUGGAGUUCCAGGAGAUGAUGACAGUGUUCCAGCUGUUGCACUGGAACGGGACACUGAAAGCACUGCGGGAGAGGCAGUGUUCUCGACAGAGCGUGAUCUCCUACUACUCUCAGCGAGGUCUGGAUGAGUACAUGCGCAGCAACAUGGCUCUGGAUUGGCUCGAGCGGGAGCAGAGGUCAGCGGGGCAGCUCGGGGAGGAGCUGCAGGUGGCGCAGAGGGAGCUGGUGCUUGCCCGCCGUCGAGGCAUAGAGCUGCGCUUCCACAAGGAGAAGACGGAGAUCCUCAGCUUGGCUCUGAGUCAAGCUUACAUCCACCACACACCCGAGGCCUCGAGCCCGACGGAGAGUCACACCUACGAAGAACUUCCUUUACACGCAUUAUACAGCCAGGAAACAGAAGUCGAAAUCACACCGCCCUGCAGUCCAUCACCAACCCUUCAUAAAAACACAAAGCAAACACUCUGGCAAAUCUCUGGAAAACACGUGGCCUCCAGCAGUUCUUCACCAUACUCACUGCAGACUUAUGGGACUUUAAAUAGACAGAAGAAGAAGGUUCAAAUCGCCCAGCCCAAGCAGUGA